AUGACAAUUGAAAUGUUCAUAUUGACAUUGUUAAUAUCCGGAUCAAUGUUGACGAAUACACAUAUGUGUCAAUGUCAAUGUUGUCGAUAUAUGGGACCACUUUAUCCAAAUAAUAGACGUUCAUGUGCAUGUUCUGUUACAAAUCAAGGAAAACCUUUUGGAUGUGGUGGUUCAACUGGUCUUUAUUCUGCUCGAAUAUGUACAAUUAAAAUUCAUCCAUUUUAUGAUCCACUUAGACCAAAUCUUUGUUGUCAACUUAAAUUUGUUUAA